GGUUGUAUUGUACUGUGGGUGGCUCUUGAAUCGGAGCAAGCGGUUGUAUUCUUGUUUUCCUUUCAUCUCUAGUUAUGCUGAUAAUACAAAACACAAACUCACUUUCGAGAACUAUGUUGGCGGCGAUUCGGAGAAUGACCACAAUGCCAGAAGAAACUGCGCGCCUAACCAGAUUCUCUCUUCACGCCCCAAAAUACGUAGAGGUAGAAUUUGGCAAUGGUAGUGUGUUCAAGUUAUCAGCUGAAUUUCUCAGAAUAAGUAGUCCUGCAGUUGAUGGAAAGAUUAGGUCAAUUGGAGGUCAAAAGGUGAUAUCUGGGAGGCGCCAUGUGGGAAUCAUGUCUGCAGAACCAGUAGGAAACUAUGGGGUGAGGCUCAAUUUUGAUGACUUGCAUAAGACUGGUAUUUAUUCUUGGGAUUAUUUCUAUCAUCUAGGAAGCAACAAGUUUACCCUUAUGAGAAAUUACAUUAAAACUUUGAAGAAAUAUGGGCUUAGUCGGGAUCCACGUGGAAGGAAAUGAUGCAGACUUAAGUUAAUCACCCAAAUGUAAUUUGAGAUUUGGUGGCAGUUGUCAAUUAUCAACAUGACACUCUGAUAGCUUCAUUUGUUGAAAGUGAAACCUGUAAUGUUGAAGGUUUUGAAUUAAAUGACUGGUGAAUUACGGGCACCAAUACUAUUUGAGAAGAGAGGGGGAAUAGAGUAAUGUUUUGCAUCCUUUCUUUUUUCCUUUUUUUAUGAGGAAAGGAUAAUUUAAUUAUCUGCAAAGGCAGUUCUGUAUUUUCUGUAGAGCUUUUGACUCCAUUUUGGAUCAUGUUGUAUUUUAGUUAUUAUACAUUUAUACCGUGUCUUUCUUUUUCACAACUUUUCGUUA